CACGAGUUUGAAUGGUUUUCUCAUUUUUGUUUUAUAUCCAAGUGCUGCCACCUAGUGGGGAAAAACUUAAUUGUUUUGCCUAUAAUUGUAGCACAAGCAAGGACAAAUUAUUCGCAAGACCUUGAGCCACUCGUUAAUCAGUAAUUUCUAAACAUAUAAAUUCUUGUUUGGACGGCAAGACCUCCAGAACCAGCAUGUCACCAGUUCGAUUCCCAGUGGCAACUGAUGGUGUUUUCUGCAGCUACAGAAUACAGAAUCAGAAAUCAAGAAUCAAACCCUCGACUGACUCGAGGUGCAGGAUGAGGGUGAAUGAUCACUCUAAAUCCGGUGUUAACAUUAGUGUGAAUUGUUGUACGUCUCCACACGUGGCUGUAUCAUGGACUGGUGAACUGUCCAUUAUAUAUAUAUACCUCCUGCCUUGGUCUUCUAAUAUUGACAAGAGACCCUGUGGGUAUGAAAGGGAUUAGGUGGUGGAGAGUGAAUGAACAAUGUUCUAAAUCUAUUAAACAUGGUGUGUAAAUGUGCAUACUGGAAAGGAGGCGCAACUACAUGCCCUUUUGUUUACAAUAGCAUAAAUACCGCAAUACUGCAGACCAGUUUUGUAAGACUUUCUCAGCACAUCAUAAAGAUUCCCAGCGGGGCCGAGGUCUGCCAAGCCUUGUGCUCUUGCGUAGUCCCUCCACCAGGGAGCUCUACUACGUGACAGAGCUGUUACUACGGGAUGUCAUCGUCAUGGCAACCAUGUUCUCAUGGUAACCAGUGACGCUAAAGGAGGAACAGGUGACUGGAAAGAGAGUCGAAGUUUUGGGUCUUAAACGCGUUUCGUGAUAGCAACUCUGUAAAUCAGUAUUUACGGAUACGAUUAUCUACAGCUACAACCAGACUGAUCGUGCAGGUGCAGGAGAAGAGUCGCCGACUUUGACUGAACUCUUCUAGACUUUAUUUUUUAGCGAAAGAAAGGAAACCAGGAAACAAGUGAAAGUUUCUGCAGAGGUGUUCACCCAUGCAUGUGACUAGACCGAAGUCCUCUAAAGGACGCAGCAGACCGGCUGCUGUAAACACCGGUCCAGAUCCUGCCGUCGUCCACGGCAGCGGUAGUAAUCCGGACCGGAACCUCCGCUCCCAGUCCGAACCCAGUAUGAGACAAGAGGAGGUUUUGCUCAGUCUACAGAGCUCUGCUGCUGCCGCGCCGCUGAGCUUAAACAAGUACAAGGUUCUGCCGUCGAUCGAGAGGAGGCGCUCAGAUGGAGGUGAAACAGGUGGUGGAGUACAAAGUCUGUACACGAACAUGUCACUGCUAACCAUAUCUGGACAUAAUGUCCCGGAUCUCGUCAAUGCGCAAAUGAACAACUCUACAGCAAACGGAAAGUCAAGUGGCGGGUCACCUUUGACCCUGUCCAAAGAAGAGCCUCCAGAACCAAGCAAACAUUCCGGUGCCAUUGACAGUUUGCUCUUAGCUGUAAGAGCACCGUGUGGCAGGAGGCUUGAGCAGCACUUUAACCCCACAGAUACUCUGCUGAUGGUUCGAGUCAGCGCAGAGGACAGGUUUGGACACAGGUACGAGGACGCCUUCAUCCAAACACUGGAUGUGCCGAGAAGAAGCUACACAGACCUGGAUAUGACUCUGGCCCAGUGUGGCAUCAAGAACAGAUCAGUGCUGUGCAUCACACUGAGCGGUAAUGGUGUGGACCAAGAUUGAAGUACAAGCAUGCAGCUGAAACACAGCUGCAUUGGUGGCAUCUUAAGUCCCUUUAUUCUGCUGUUGCUCAAUAUAUUUUUACUGUAUAUAACAUAUACGUGUAUAUAUAUAAGCAUACAUAUAUGUAUUUGUCAUAAGAAGUGUCAAAAGUAUGUUGAAAUGCAACUCUUUUUGAGCAGGACCUUUUAAAUCAACUAAAACAACAGUUAACAGUGAAAUUAAAAAUGUAGUUUCUACAAAACAACACUUUGACC